UGCUUGUCCUACAGAGUCCUGGAGGAGAUGUCCUUAACACGGUAUUCCUCUCAAACUACCUCAUUGCUGGCUGUGAGAAGAACUGUUAUGCCUGGCACAUUGACAAAAGUAAUUUAGAUAAAAGGAUGAGCAGGCAACCCACUCUUGAAAUCAACAUUCCAAAGCCCCAGAAUGAUAUUGUUGAUGCACUAGUACAAGUAUCUAAUGAUAUCAUUGCAACUAAAUGUUCCCAACAAGGUUUCAUUCAAUUGUGGAGGUUCUCGGAUGUAUUGGCCCAUGCCCAAAACCGUAAAUGUGUCACUGCCAUGCCCAUUGCACGGCUGAAAUGGAAAAACGUUGAUACACCAUACAUAAAUUUGGGGGCAGUGCUAAAUGCUGGCCUGGUAUACUGUGGUGAUGAUGAGGGGCAACUGUGGAUUUACAAUGUGAAGCCUGUCAUAACUAAAAAGAUAAAGAAAAGUACCUCUUACGAGUUGAUGUCACCAUCGAGGAUUCUUCCCUGGCCUGAGUGCUGUAUUCCAACUGAAAGGGAGCAGGAAAAACUGAUGGGAGAUGUGCUGGAUAAAGGAGAGGUAAAGAAGUAUUUUAUCAAGUAUUAUGAGUAACAAUUCUUUACAUAUAUUUAUAACUUUACAUCUUAUACUUGUGCCGUUUUCAUGGCAUAAAUAUCAUGACAAUUGAAAAACAUAAUAUUACAACCCCUGUUAUGAGCUGUUCUAAUGACACAGUCUAAUUUUUCAUUUAUAGCUUCAAAGUUCACCUUUAUUUUUUUCAUUUCACAAUCUGGUGGUUUAUCAUAACCUCCAAUCUAUGACCAAGUAUUUCACAUAUGCAGUUGAAAUAUACCAGUUAAAAUGUUUCUUAAAAUCUUUUGAAGAUUGAAAAAUAAGACAACUGCCCAAAUUGAUAAUAACCUAUCUUAUACCAUCCACAUCAUAUACCAGAGAUUCUGAUUUAAACAAAAAUGUCUGGUACCUGACUAUUUGGAUUAAAAUUCUCCUC